UUUGAAGGCUACAUUGUUGUGUUAGAGUUUAGCUAGCAAGGAUCGAGGGAGCUGGCCAUUGCUAGGCUCUCGUGGGCUAAACGUGAGCGAUCAGAGGCGAUGCCGCUAGACACAUGUGGCCGCCACGGGGUCUACUCAAUCAGGACACGGCUCUCCUGCGGUCAACCCUGCACGUGGGCUACUGGCAUAGCCCCCCGGGGACUAGACGUCUGGACCCUUCUAGACUCAGCUCGCUCCACCCUCGGACAUCACUCUCCCGGUAUCUUCCCCACGGGGUCUAGCCCACCUGGGAAUGCAGUGAGAUAGGCAAUUCAGAGGAUCACAGACUCAACUCCCCCCUUCGGAGGCGGCAAGGCUUGGAUGACUGACUGCUCAUUCAGACCGGAAACACCAAGUCACUGUUUCUCGACAAUACAUUCCGAUUGAUUGGCUCUUGUGACGAGGACGCUGUAGACUCCUUACAGGAAAGUAAAGACUACGUGCCCCUCAUUGAUUCUCCGCGCUCAAACGUAGCGAACGGUCACAGAGCUGCCGGACGCGCUGACGGACGUAAGCACGCUGUUCUGCUCAAUGUCAAGCAGCUGCGCGCCGCUCGGUCCGACCGUUCCACCCGACGCGAGCGUCGCCCUGGCGUUAGAGAACGUGACAGUGCCGAAGUUAGCGAACGGCACGAGCGAGUUUCCCUGCUCAAAGUCCUCGACGAUCCACUCCGCGUUCUCCCCACACAGUCUGCCGCUGCCCGAGAGCGUCUUGGACACGCUGCGGCCGGUGGACUCGUUCGUGAUCGACACAUGGCCGGAGGUCGAUGACGUCUUGGUCGCAACGAGGGUGAUCACGUCGCCCGCGCUGACGGAGAACCCGGAGAAGUCGCUCGCAAACGCGGGGUAGAACUCGUACCAGGCUGUUCAUGGCCUCAGAUCGGGCAAUGCGGGAUCGGAUGCAGACAAACAAACGCACCAUCGAACGAGACCCGGCCGUUGUCGACGUUGAAGUCGAUGCCAGUCUGCAUGAUGCCGCUCGAGCAGGUGUCGCCGUCGAUGCCGACCCACGCCGAGGCCGCGGAGCUGCCCGACCCGCCGGCAGAGUGGGGCGUCGGGACGGUGAACGUGCCGGUGACGGACGUGUACGUGCCCGAGGGGCUCUCGAGGCUGGCGCCGGCCCAGUUCUGGCUGUACGCGACGUGGGAGGUCGCGUUGGAGAUCAAGUUCGCGUGGGGGCCCUCGGUCGGGAGGCGCGGGCCGGACAUGCGGCGGCGGGCCUGGCGGCCUUCGACGUUGCUGCGCGGGGCUGCGAGAGCAGCGGCGGCGAGGAGGAGCGAGACGAGGGCAGAGGCGAAGACCAUUUUGAGCGAUGCUUGUCCGAGAAGCUGGGAGGAUACCGAGAUGGGACCUUGGGACUCCUACCCUGGAGAUCCUCUGGAUUUUAUACGAGUGUGGUUGUCGAUGGCGCUCUUCGCGUCAUAUGCUCGGUCGCUCGCGUUGAACUGGAUAGACGCCACGGCCCAGCGCAUGAGCAUGUGAAAUCUCCCCCCGCCCAUAUGCACCAGCACGCGAGUCGAGUCGCGAGGUUCGUUCCUCUUCCAUGAUUCAGCGGGAUAGAACUCGGAGACAGACAGCCAGGCCCCACGCUUUGCGCCCGAGCGUUGCCACGGGCGUCAUAUCCGCGGUGCCGAAAGAGAUGGCGCCAGCUCAGAAGAGUCUCGCAUCGGUGGCAACACGCGAGACAAUGACGCUAGGCCCAGGGAGGUGGAGUCGUGAGGUGUGCUCGAGAAGCCGAGCGGUCAGUGGAAGGUGAGAAGAAAAGGAUGAUCCCGGUGCCGACACUUCGCCUUCAAACCCCCAUAUCAUUAUCCGCGGUGCCGAAAGAGAUGCCGCCAGUCAAGCAGGGACCCAUAUCGGCCGCGGCAAGAGAAUGGCCCAUGAACGUGGAGCAGAACGGCGUGCACGAGAAGUUGAGCGGCCACCCAAGUUCUUGGAAGAUGAGAAGAGGCUUCGUUCCUUUUCUCAACUGAUCCGAGCUGCUCCGCCUUCUUUGGUCAC